CGCCGUGCCACUUCCUGCCGUCAGACAGCCAGUUCAGGCCAGUUCACUACUGCUGUAGUACUCAGUCUGUCCCACCGAGCUGUCAACACACAGCAACAAUCCACUCUGCCCGUCUGUUGCGACAACAUUUUUCUAUUAAACUUAGUCCGUUUUUCUCUUCAACGACGUUUUCCUUCAGAUAACAGCUGCUCUCGUCUCACUAUGACUCGGAGGUGAUCUUCAGAGUGUCCAGGUGGUUCUGGGGUUCCAGGUUGGUGUGGCGAGAGAGCAAGCUAAUUGCGGGGAGGAGGACCGCCUGGGCCAUCGUGUCCCUGGCUCUCAAGUGAGUAAGGGAGGGGCUUGGCAAACUGUUCUGCAGCAUGGAGAAGGAAGACCUGAAGGUCCUCAACAAAGGGGAAGAGGAGGAGAUGGAGCUGCAGGGCUACCGUCUGUGUCGUUGGCGCCUGGCCCUUGUGGGCCUCGGGGUGCUGUGUACAGGGGGCUUCCUCCUCCUGCUGCUCUACUGGAUGCCAGAGUGGUGCGUCAAAUCCACCUGCACCCGUACCACAGCCCGUGAUGCUGAAGUGGUUUUGCUGCGCUCCACGGAUGAGUUCCGGCGCUGGUUUGUGGCCAGGGUGCGCGUGAUGCUGGCCACAGGGAGCAACCCCUUCCGCAGCCUGGAGACCCAGACCACCUCCCCCCCCUCCCCUUCUUCUCCCACUUUCCCCUUUUCCUCCCCUACGUUCCCCCCUCUGGCCAACGGACAUCUCCCCCACCCCUCCGAUGGCAGCCCUGCUCAGGAGCUCAUCAGAAGAUCUGACGACUACCAGCCCACACAGAUUCGCUAUUUUACCUUCCAUAGCACAAAGUAUUAUUGGAACGACGAGCUGCAGAACUUUGAAGUUUUAACUGGCCUGGAAGAUCUGCAGGUCAGCUGCUCCACCCUCCACUCGGAGCACAGCGCAGGCCUGACCAGGAACCAGCAGGAGUACAGGAGACUGUUCUUCGGAGUGAAUGAAAUUGCAGUGAAAGUGCCUUCUGUUUUCAAGCUGCUUAUCAAAGAGGUCCUCAACCCUUUUUACAUCUUCCAGCUCUUCAGCGUGAUCCUGUGGAGUGCCGAUGAGUAUUACUACUAUGCUGUGGCCAUUGUUUUCAUGUCGGUCAUAUCCAUAGCUACCUCUCUGUACACCAUCAAAAAGCAAUACAUCAUGCUUCACGAUAUGGUGGCAGCUCACAGUAUUGUCCGUGUGACCGUAUGCCGAGCCAACAAUGAAAUCGAAGAGACUUUGUCUACUGAUUUGGUGCCCGGUGAUGUGAUGGUCAUCCCCAGCAAUGGGACCAUUAUGCCAUGUGACGCCGUGUUGGUCAGCGGCACCUGUAUCGUCAAUGAAAGCAUGCUCACAGGUGAGAGCGUUCCCGUGACAAAGACCCACCUCCCAAACCCAGUGUCAGGUGAGAGGGGGGAGGAGGCUGACAGUGCCUACAACACAGAGGAGCAUAAGAGACACACACUAUUCUGCGGCACCAACGUCAUCCAGACCCGCUUCUACACAGGCGAACUGGUCAGGGCUGUGGUGGUCCGCACAGGUUUCAGCACAGCCAAAGGCCAGCUGGUGCGCUCUAUCCUUUACCCAAAACCCACCGACUUCAAGCUGUACCGUGAUGCCUACCUCUUCCUGCUGUGUCUGGUGGCUGUGGCUGGAAUUGGCUUUGUCUACUCCAUCGUCCUCAGCAUCAUGAACAAGGUGCCAGCUAAGACCAUCAUCAUUGAGUCUCUGGACAUCAUCACCAUCACUGUGCCACCGGCGCUGCCAGCCGCUAUGACAGCUGGCAUUGUGUACGCCCAGCGACGCCUCAAAAACAUUGGCAUUUUCUGCAUCAGCCCACAGAGGAUCAAUAUCUGCGGACAAAUCAAUCUGGUUUGCUUUGACAAGACUGGAACUCUGACAGAAGAUGGAUUAGACCUAUGGGGAAUCCAGAGGGUUGAGAAUGGCAGUUUCCACCUGUCAGAGGAAAAUGCCUAUAAGGAAAAUCUUGUCAAGUCCCAGUUUGUGGCUUGUAUGGCUGCAUGCCACUCUCUUACCAAAAUAGAGGGCCAAGUGUCUGGAGACCCGCUGGACCUCAAAAUGUUUGAGGCUACAGGCUGGAUCCUGGAAGAGGCCACUGAGGAGGAAACAUCUCUUCACAACCAUAUCAUGCCGACUGUGGUUCGACCCCCAAAACAGCUGUUGCCCCCAGAGCCAGUUGCAUCACCAGAGCAGGACAUGGAACUGUAUGAGAUCUCGUCAGCAUAUGAGAUAGGUAUCGUGCGCCAGUUUCCUUUUUCCUCAGCACUCCAGAGGAUGAGUGUGGUGGCUCGUCUGCUGGGGGAGAAACGUAUGGAUGCCUAUGUGAAGGGAGCGCCUGAGGUGGUGGCUGGUCUCUGCAAGAAAGAGACAGUACCAGAAAGCUUUCCAGAAGUUUUGGAGGGUUACACCAAGCAGGGUUUCAGGGUCAUAGCUCUGGCUCAUCGUCGACUUGAGUCCAAACUCACCUGGCACAAAGUCCAGAACAUCAGCAGGGAUCACAUAGAGGCAAACAUGGAGUUUCUGGGUCUGAUCAUCAUGCAGAACAAACUGAAGGCAGAAACCCCAGGGGUGCUGCAGGACCUCCGCCGAGCACACAUCCGCACUGUCAUGGUUACUGGUGACAACAUGCUUACAGCCAUCUCUGUGGCCAGGGACUGUGGAAUGAUCCCUCCCCAAGACACAGUCAUCAUUGCUGAUGCCCACCCUCCACAUAAUGGACACGCCGCCAAGAUCACCUGGAGAUACGCUGACAAGCCGAGCAAGACAUCUCGCCUAGAGGAAGUGAACAUUAGUCUGGAGGAUGCGUGUUACGUAGAUGAGCCCAAAAGACAAGAGCUGUACCACUUUGCUAUGAACGGAAAAUCGUUUGCUGUGAUCGAGGAGCAUUUCCCUGACAUGCUUCAAAAGCUGGUGCUCCAUGGGACAGUGUUUGCCAGAAUGGCCCCGGACCAGAAAACCCAGCUCAUCGAGGCGUUGCAGGAAGUAGACUACUUUGUGGGGAUGUGCGGAGACGGAGCUAACGACUGUGGGGCUCUGAAGAGGGCUCAUGGUGGCAUCUCUCUGUCGGAGCUCGAAGCCUCUGUAGCCUCUCCCUUUACCUCAAGGACACCCAACAUCUCCUGUGUUCCCAGCCUCAUCAGGGAGGGGCGUGCUGCUCUCAUCACCUCCUUCUGUGUGUUCAAGUUCAUGGCCCUCUACAGCAUCAUACAGUACAUCAGUGUUACUCUCCUCUACUCUAUCCUCAGUAACCUUGGAGACUUUCAGUUCCUUUUCAUCGAUAUUGCCAUCAUCCUCCUUAUUGUCUUUACCAUGAGUCUGAACCCAGCGUGGAGAGAACUGGUGCCACGUCGUCCCCCAACUGGUCUGAUCUCAGGGCCUUUGCUGUUCUCUGUGCUGACUCAGAUCCUCAUCUGCUUGGGCUUCCAGACCAUUACAUUCCUUUGGGUCCGACAGCAGCCCUGGUACACAAUCUGGACUCCACUUACAGAUGUCUGCAACCAGUCGUCGCACAUUAACGUGUCUGACCACAACGACACCGAAGUGGACGACCACAACAUCCAAAACUUCGAGAACACCAGCCUCUUCUAUGUCUCUUGCUUCCAGUAUCUCAUUGUUGCCAUUGUUUUCUCAAAGGGCAAACCUUUCAGACAGCCUAGCUACAAGAAUUGGCCUUUUGUGCUGUCCGCCUUUACUUUGUAUGUUUUCCUGCUGUUCAUUAUGUUCCAUCCUGUCAAAGGCAUUGAUGAGUUUCUAGAGAUUGUUUGUGUCCCGUUUGAAUGGAGGUUAAAACUCUUCAUCAUCAUCUUAGUCAAUGCUGCUGUGUCUGUUGUGGUGGAGACCUUCAUCCUUGACAUCAUCUUAUGGAAGCUUGUGUUCAGCCGAGAAAAACAGGGCAGCUUUGGUGUCACUCCUGCUGCCCCGACACCACAGGGGGGCAUUGACCUGUGGGCGUACAAGUGUCUUUCCUGGCUGUGCUGCCCACACAAGAUGGCACCCAAGGCUCGCUACAUGCAUCUGGCCCAGGAGCUUAGUGUGGACCCCGACUGGCCUCCAAAGCCAACCACUACCACCGAAGCCAAGCCCCGCCCAGAAAACGGCUCCACCUAUCAAAUCAUGAACUCCUAGCACCCCCCCGCUCAGUAUCUAAUUUAUCCUUUCCAAUGCACAUUCAGCCUAUUCAAAUGAAAUUUUUGCCAUUCAUAGAAACUUGCUUCUGAUUCUGUAGUUACUGCAAAAACAUCACACAUAACUACCAAAUGAAGUUAAGUUUCAAUUCUCUUAGUAAUCCUGCUCUCUCUGGCUCGCCCACUCGUCCGCUCUCAGGUCUCCCCUGUUUGUCUUUAAAUGUCAUUUAAACCUCAGUAACAUUAAAUGUAAUUCCCAUUCCUUAUUGCAGUGUAUGUUCACCGAAAAAAGCAGAAUAGAUGAUAGCCUAGAAGAGGGGUCGUACUUAGGCCGUCUAAAGUACAACCCACUCACACGGCGAGUAAGAGAAUUGGUCCAUACAGAAAGAGUCUGGAAGAGUUUCAGGAAGAUGAUAGAAGAAAGAGGUUUCACUUUAAAAUGGAGAUAUUCUCUUAAAAGUGGAAAGACUUGUGGUGCUGAAGGUCGGUGGAAUAAUGGAUACAUAUCGGUAGGUGACUGUUCUGACCAGUUCUGUAUUAUCUGAUCAUACAGUUUUUGCAGGCUCUGACUGCUACUAUGUAGCGGUCUUACAUAGCUAAAGUAAAUGUAGAAAAUAAUUUUAAUGAGCUAGCUAUAUGAGCUGGCAAGCACGCAGAGAGCACAAAAUUAUAACCAAAAAGAAAAGCUUUACCAUUGACCACCAAGGAUGUCCAAUUACUCAUUGAGACAAGUAUUCCAAUAGUCUUUCAAGCAUACUGUGAUUGGGAAUCUUGGAACAGUUGCAGUCAACUUGUUGUUCAAUUGCAUACCCCAGGCAGAAGUCACAGAUUGAUGAUAGAAGGAACAAAAUGAUGAACCUCAAACUAAUGAGGUUACAUUUUUGCCAUAAUUUGGCCAAAUCCUUCAUAGACAUUCAUAUAAUGAUGGCUUGUAAAAUAUAAAGGACUUUAAAGAGAACAGUAAGGGAGACAGAUGUGUCAGAGUUUACCUUUAAGGUUUUUAACAAAGAUACUAUGUAGGGGGGGAAAAUAGACAAUUACAGAAGGACCCAUUUCAUCUCAGCUGUUUAGCCAUGCUGCUGUAGUGUAUGUAUUGCUAUGAAUUUUACCACAGACACUUAUGGCCCUGAUAUUUCAUGUCAUAACAGUAUACCUCUAAAACUAAGGACUUCUCAUCAACCUCAGCUGUACUUCAUAUUAACGUUACUUACAUAAGUGUUAACAUACAUUGCUAACAUGUCUGGCAGGGAACAACAUAGCUUUUCCUGUGGCACUCCCAUCAGAAGUGGUAAAGAUUUAACAACAGCAAAACAUUUCAUCCAUAAAAAAAAAAAAAAAAUGAAGUGUAUAAUUGGGCCGCUAGUGUGGCUACAACCCAAAUCUUGUGGUUUUGCAUCUAUGAGCCAUGUCCUGACAUCUUCUAAUGACACCAGAGAGGAGACUGAAAGCAUAACAAGACUUGCAUGAAGCCAGCUCCUGAUCAUGUUCUGAAGACUUGAUGGUUGCAAUAAUAGAAAUAAUACUAUAAAUACAGCAUUACUGUAGAAUUAAGAAAUAUUUACAUUGACAUCUCUGUUUUUUUUAAAAUUCUGCACAAGAAACAGCAUGGAUCUGGCUGGUUUUCGUGCACAGUUAAUCACAUGCAUGAGACCAUAUAAAUCAAAGCAUCUUACAUUUACAAACUCAUAUCAGUUUGGCUCCAGAGUUAUAUUAUAUUUGCAUAUUUUUCUUUAAAAAAAACAAAAACAAAAACAAAAUUUCUUCCUAUGGAAGACUGAUCAAAGUGUAAUCGUAAAUCAAAUCAAGGUAUUCUGAAUUUCAUCAGCUCUAUGUUCUUGGCACAUUCAAAACAUCCAUGCAACAGCACAUGCUACACAAGGUGGAUGCUGGUUACCAUACAACCUUGUAUUCAUGUAUUACACAUAGGCUACCUGCCUAGAGAGAGUUAAGGGCUAUAUUUUAUGUUCACUGCUCUUUCUUUGAUAUUUAAAGUGAUACUCCCCAAAAUAUAUUCUUUAAGUGUCAAACACUCACUCGCUCCCUGUAAACUCAAAAGGUGGCUGUAAACUAUUGUAGCUUCUUCCUAUAAUAAAAAUUGUUAAAUCUUAAUUUAUUAAUGGCAUUUUUUCAGCCAUUAAAAUUGGUACAAUUGGAAAUCCACCUUUAAAGCCCCCAAGAGAUGGUGUUUUGAUGCUCAAAAGGCAGAUUUAGGGUGGAGUUUCACUUUAAAGACACCCACACAUAAUGUCAGUAUAACUGUAUACUCUGCAUAGCAGCCCGCCUUUCGUGAAUUGUACAGUUCAAUAAUAAUCAUUUCAAACAGUGUGUGUCCCAAAGUAUUUCAGAGUGUUAAUCUGUGGUUUGAGGCACAAUGUCAAAAGAAUGUCAAACUAAAUGUAACGUUACUCUUUCUUUCAAAAUUUUAUUUAUAUAGAAACAAAAUCACAACAGAUUUACAUAACAUCAGUAAUAACAAGAGUCUGCUCAGUUCCUAAAAGCCAUUGUCUGUUGAGAGACUUGUAAUGAAAUUACAAAUGCAUAUGAAACUUGGGAUCAAUACAGUGUAUAUGAAAAGUUCAAAUGUGAAAUGUGACCAUAGUUUUAAUCGAUAAAUUGUUAAUUUGAUGAGAGGUUAUAGUAUUUUGUGGGUAAAUUGUCAGUGUGCGAAAUGUAUAACAUGGCUCAAAUGGACUUUCUUUUGCCAUUUUUCACCAAUAUUCUGAUAUGUUGUCCUGAAAAAUGUCUAAAUUUCUUAUUUAUGUUGGAUUUAAACAAUGUUGCUGAUGUUCCCAAACAUGGGUCACAUGAGUUGCUAUGCCUCUGAAUAUUCAAUGGUAUUUUUUCCUUUCUAUAUUUGCUUUCAGGGUUUCAUUUUCUUCUCUAGAUACCUACUGAGGCUAGAACUGAAUGUUGUGUAAAGAACAAAAUUUAAUGCAAGGCACUUGUUCUAUUUCCAAAGACUUUUCAUCACAUCUGUAUUGAUUGUUUGAGAAAAAGAAGAAAGAGUUUCAUUUUAGCCUGUGUUCAGUUCUGUCACACCUGAUUUGACUCUGCAGAAGUGGACUUUAAAAGGUGAUGAUAAUAUUAGAGGGUGGAUUCUAUCUAUACAUAUGAGGUGUACAUUUGUAGUGUGUGCAUAAAAGUAAAAAGAUUUAGUUAUAAAUAUGUAUGGUUUUUGGAUUAUCAAAGGGCUGGUGUGUCUUUUUCUACUGUUUUGGUACUGUUAUAAUCAGUUGUCUGUCUACUUUAGAUUUGUACUGUCUUUUGGAUUUAUUUGUACUUUCACUUUUGUUAUGGAGUUGCAUUAGCUUGGAAAUUCCUUAUUUGGGCAUGAAUCGUGGGCAUUUAUUUCACAAUUUGAGUCUGUUAUCGUGAGGUCUGAUUGGGGGACAUGAAUAUUUGUUCUGUCUUGGGUAAAUAUAAUGCAGCACGUCUACUUUACAGCUUGAAGACAAUUAAAACCACCCUGGUUUAGAUGGGAAGGUUGUCUCUGCAGGUUCCUGUAGAUCUACUUCUCAGCUUCUCUCUCUCUUCGUUUCUCUUACUUUGUUAAUAACCAAGGACCUGAUACAAGAAGGGAAUUCAUCUGAUGUAGUGAGGAUUUGGCGCCUCCUCUUAGUGAUUUCAGAAUUUGAGCAACAUCUGACAAUCUUGCUAUGUUUCUGUCCGAUCAUUAAAUGUACAUAUUUGACCUUCUUUGUCUAGAACUUUUAAAAACAAUUGUUUGCAUACAUGUAAAAAUUUAAAUGUAAUUGGCAAAAAAGAAUGUGCAUUGCUGCUCGAUAUCAGCAGCCUAUUGUAGAAAUGAUUAUAUUGCUGCUAGGGGCAAAAUUAUUCAGUCAUAACUGUGCACCUUGAUACAGAAAAUUCAUCAAUUUAUUGAUGUGUAGUGUAAAUACUAUUGCUUUUCUUCUACGCUACAGUUUUGCCUUCUAUUCUGACACAGCUAUGUCAAAGCAACGGAUUUUAUGCUGAAACUUCUCAAUACUCAAACAGGUACAACAUGUUCCGAAUGUUGACAGUUAGCAUUGGCCUCCUAUUCACAUUAUGUAUUUUAAACAAACCAUCAGAUGGCAUUUGGAUUGAGUUAGCCACUGAGUAUUUGAAGCCUCAUGUGGAUGUUGUUUCCUCAGGGAAAUGUGACUAUUUGUAAUGAAUAGAGAAAAUAAUAAAAGUUGAUACCCAAACUGAAUGAAAACAUACUGUUGAUAAAAUCUUUUAUGACAGUCCAUCUGCAUGUCACCUCUUUUCAGUACAGUUUAUUUAUAUUCAGUGUGCUUUUGAUUCACGGCUCCCACACCUCAGCAAGAGGCUCAUCUGGGGUAUAUGUAUUAUUUUUAUUGGCAGAGAUGUGCAUUUUCUGAAAUGUUUUGUACUUUAUAAUUUAUUUUUUAUUUAUUUUCAUUUCUUUCUCCCUGAGGACUGUAUUUCAGAUUUAUCUUGAUUUCUUUCUUUUCAAUAAAUGUUCUCAAAACGG